UUUCCACCGACCUCUUUUAAUAUCAUGGAUUUAAGGACGACAGUAUGUGUGUUUUGUGCCCGUCGUCAGUGGACAGGUCCCGGCUGUGCAGCGUGCGUGCUGUCCCGCUGCUCUGCGAUAUUGUGACGCGAAGAAGAAGAGCUUGUUUAGCAACUAAAGAGACAGUAUCGAGAAGUUAGCAAGCCAAACCUGGACUGACCAGCUUCUGUAUGCAAAUUGGGUAUUUAACUGCCUCUGCUCACCCCGCCUGCAUCUACAUGUGCUGACUGUGACUGGAUAUCUGUCCUGACUGUGUCGUAACAUCAACAUUACUGACAGACAAGACUAUUUACUCCUCUGAAGCGAGGAAGUGGAGCUACGUCAAGCUAGGUGAAGUGAGCCAAGAUAACACCGGAAGAUUGGGUGAUGUCCUUUCACAGUAAAGACGCCAAAUAUAUAAGUUUUGAGUUUAAAUAAACAAAUGUUAGGUCGCAUUAUUAGUAACUCUUGGAAAAAAAACACACCUGAGAUAAUACUAGCAACAACAUUCUCAGUCAUUAGCAUUACGGUGGUACGCUGCAUUAUCUACACGGCUCUGUUGGUUUUAUUUUGGAAUGUGAACGGAAAUAGGGCUAUGCGGUGCUGGUUUUGACAGUGGUAGGAAGUGGGAUGUGGCCAGGAUGUAUUUAUGCUGCUGUUCAAGAUAUGAAAAUCAUUGAAUUAGCGCUACUUCUGGAGCCCUGCUUCACCACCGGACACAGCGGGGGAUACGACAGUGUGGCUGUCCGUCAGUGUGCUGGUUGUCUGGAGUGGAAAACAGCGAACACUAGCGAGGCUGCUGUGCUGCUUUCAUCUGGGUUGGAUCAUUUCCAUGAAGGCUUCUCAACCUCACGCCCAAACACUUUGUUGAAUUUGUGUGCGGGGCUGCAUUCUAUUCUUACGUAAUAACAGUAUGUGAAUCGAUACCUUCACGUCAUUUACUUUUUUAUUUUAUUUUUUUCUUGGACAAAGACUUUGUGCGUUUUUCCCCCUUUUAAUUAAAAACAAUGUCAACAACUCAGCAUCAAGUGAUGAUGGAGUCCUCACUAGGUCUCGGCAGACUGGAACUGACCCCCAGCUCUGCCGCUGUUGGGGUCAGCUUGACCCCUAGGCUCUCCGGCGGACACCCCGCUAAAGAGAAGAGUGGCCAGCGGCCUCAGGUACCACAGAUCCAGGCUCACCUGAACGGCUGCGUCCCGCUGUCGCAUCAGGUGGCGGGUCACAAGUAUGGAGUGGAUAAAGUGGGUAUUUUGCAGCAUCCAGAUGGAACAGUCCUGAAGCAGCUUCAGCCUCCACCCAGAGGUCCACGAGAGAUGCAGUUUUACAGCAUGGUGUAUGCAGAGGACUGCUGUGAUCCAUGUCUUCUCCAGCUCCAGAACCAUCUCCCCAAAUAUUACGGCACCUGGUCGUCUCCUGACAGCCCCAACGACCUGUACCUGAAGCUGGAGGACGUGACCCGGCGCUUCGUCAAGCCGUGCAUCAUGGACGUGAAGCUGGGCCAGCGUAGCUACGACCCGUUCGCCUCGCAGGAGAAAAGAGAACAGCAGAUCAGGAAAUACCCACUGAUGGAGGAGAUAGGCUUCCUGGUGCUGGGCAUGAGGGUGUACAAGCUGUGCAGUGACACGUUUGACUCAUACGACCAGCACUAUGGCAGAGGACUGGUUCAGGACACUAUUAAAGAUGGCCUUGCUAAAUUCUUCAACAAUGGUGUGUGUCUGAGGAAGGAUGCAGUGUCAGCCAGUAUCAGCAGAGUGCAGCGUAUCCUCCACUGGUUUGAGUCCCAGCAACAGCUGGCCUUCUACGCAAGCUCCCUUCUCUUUGUCUAUGAGGGCCUGCCCUCCUCUUUGUCCUCAUCCUCCCUUUCUUGCCUUCUCACCACCCCGACAAUCCACCCGCCUGCAGGUGAUGGCAGUCGGGGCGGAGAGGAGAAAGGGAGACAGGAAGGGGCGGUCCAGAAAGAGGAAGUGGCUGAGUACAACAACAACAACAUUCAGGUGGCCGUGCCCUGGGACUACAGCCUCGCUACCAUUUACACCAACCACAGGAAAGGUGGCCUCCACAACUGUGCCAAGAGUCAUCUCCACGGCAACAGUGGAGAUGGUGACAACGUGGAGACGACAGUAAGCUCAAUGUCUGGAGAUCACGUGUCAGCGCUGUGCGAGGAAGACAACUCUGCAUGGAAACGAACAGGUGAGUCACAGCAACCACCCAACGCAAACGGAAACAAAUCACAACUGGAAGGGAAGGAUGAGGGUAAAGAGAGAGAGGACAGCAGCAGCACGAGGAGAGAAGAGGAGGAGACGAAAGGACGAGGAGGCGAUGUGACGGAUAGAAGCGGAGGAGAGGCGGAGGUGGAGGUCAGAAUGAUCGACUUUGCCCACGUUUUCCCGAGUGAAAGCCACGAUCGCGGCUACGUCUACGGCCUCAAACACUUGCUGACGGUGCUGGAGCAGAUCCUCUGUGACGCCGCCUAGACUCUGUGUCGUCCUCACCCACUCUUUACCUCCUGACCUGCUUAAAGUGAACCACUGUCUCCUCCCUGUCAACACUCCUUCCCUGAAAGACAGAAACCUUAGAGGAGAGAGGGAAGCAUCAAAGAAGUGAAUAUCAUCAUCAUCAUCAUCAUCAUCAUCUCACCUGAUUGUGAUAAUGGUCCAUUAGUUGUGUGUGUGUGUGUGUGUGUGUGUGUGUGCGUAUCUGCGUGUGUGUGUGCGUGUGUGUUUGUGUGUGUGUGUGUGUGUGUCUGAGUGGAGGUAGUAGAGGCUGACAGCUGUGUUUUCCCUGUGAUCAGCAGUACUCCAUGCACUAAUCAAUCCAUGAAGGCAUUACGUCCCUGUGCUUAAACACAUCUGCUCCAGCUGCUUGUUUUACUGAUGCUCACACUAGCUCCACAGCGCCACUUGCAGUCCAUUUGAAAUGAUCUAUUUUUAUACCAUGUUCACUGAAAAUAACUGGAAGCUUUGUGUUAAAAUUGUCUAUCAGUACACCUGAACUCAGAGGUGGGCCAGAGAUCUUUCUAUACAGAAUAUAGUGUUGUAACUAUCCCUUUAAUAGCUCUGCUUGUAUCAGAUGGUUUAAAUGAAUUGCUGCAGAACAGCUUUCGGCAGUAUUAGAUUUACAGGAUUUUAAGAUGCAAAUCACCGGAUUAGCUGAGAGCAAAGUUGACUAUAUCAUGAUUAUAUAUAUUUCAACAUCUCAAUAUAAAAUGAAAUACUGUGAUGCAAGAUUUGAUCUACAUUGUUCACCCCCAACCUCCAGUUCAAGUGCUUUCAACUUCACCAUCUUCAUCAGCUAGUAAAGUAUGUUAAGUUGUCACGGUGAUAGAUGUGUUGACGCUCAGUCGUUGUUUCAGUAUCAUCCAUAGACAUCCAGUCAUUCCAUUACAGCUUUAUAUGGCAGAUACUGAUCCACCAAAUCAUUCUUGGAUCAGACUCCUGCUCCUGUGGACUGGCUCUCAAUCUUUUUACUCAACUCAGUUUGUUCAGUUGUCAUGGAAAUGGAUCUGUUGACAGUCUACUUGGGUAGCUGUUAUAUUUCUGGAUGGUUUCGGGUGGAUUGUGAUCCAUUUCCACAGGAUUAGGACUGAUCCACAGCUUUUAUAUGCUGAAACAUUUCAUUUUCAGUGAAUUCAAAGUAAGUCAGACAGAGUCGGUGCACUUUGGUUAAGAUGAGGUGUCAUCACAUCAUCACCAUGUAGUCUGGCCUAGAAAAACCGACCUAAACUUCAGUGACUGAUAGAAAUAGCACAAUGAAACUUUAUUGUGAUACAGCACAAACACUUUUUUAUCAACUGACACUCUCUCACAGUAACUGGAUUAGAUUAUUUUAGCUUUACUGGUAAAUGACUAACAAACCAGGACCUGGAAACUAAAUGUCCCUUCAGUUGUGUCCAUUGAAAGCAGCAGCAUCAGUUAGAUAAGGGUUCUGAACUGGCACAGAUUAGCUGUAAGUAUGUGAGCAUCAGACAAACAAAGAUGUGUGGAGAGCUGAAUGUUUAAGGCGGGUCGUCAUUUUGUGUUUUUGUUUAAACCACUGUCAACAGGUAUCUAACUCAGGUAAAUUUACUGUAAGAAUAAAUACUUAAUAUUACUACUUUUAUCCUCUCAGCAAGAUGAUCCUCAUGCUGUGUGGUUGUUCAGUUCUAAAUGAUUGUUUUAUAUAGUCUUACUUAAUGUUUAUCGUAUCUCAUGAUUAACCUUAUCUCAUCAACUUUGACCUUUGAGUCAUGUUUUUGACCUCUUAACCUUACGAUGACCUUACAAACAUUGUGUUGUCUUUUACCAUGGCUGUUUUUAAUUGCUGUUGUACAUGUUUGGCUGCCAAAUAACCUCUCCUGUCAGAAUCCUGUGCUCUUGCUGUGAUGUCCCCCCCCCCCCCCUCUGUCUGCCCUGGUUUGAGGAGCGGGAUCACUGAUGUCAUACCUUGCACUCCCAAUUUAAAAAAAAAAGAAAAAGAAAGAAAAAAGAACUUGGUUCAUAUCAGAAAGGUAACAUGACUCAUGAGUAUGUUGGAUUUUAGUGCCAUUUCUCGAGCAUUCAUCAUGAGUUCUUCUCUCAUUUUAAAUUAUUGUAAUGUUGAAUUGUAACAGGAGGAAAACUCUGGAGGGAAACCACGACAGAAGUGACAUGUUAUACUGUAUGACACAUGAUGCGCUGUGAUGGGUUAAUAUGAUAUGACUUCCGUAAGGAUUUUAAGAUUGUAAUAGGAAGACAUGCUGCUUUAGUGAGAGUCCACUGACAGACUCAGCAGAAAGUGACAGAAUGAUAAAGAGAGGAAGACAGCGACUGAAUGGUUUUAUUGUUUUGUUUGUUUGUUUGUUUUUUGGCUCGGUGAAAAUGGACAGAAAUGUCAGAUUACUCGGCACGUCCAUUGUACACUAAACUAAACUGGAGACACCCUCAGUAAUCCUUUUUUUUUUUUUUAUUGGUCACAUUUGUCAAAAUUGGAAGCGUUUGACUCAUAUGGGUUUCUAGGCUCAUACAGACUGAUAGUGAAUAUAGUCAGUGUACAUUGCACAGUUCUGAUAUUGUCAUGCCAGGCUUGUCAGAAGUUGACACUGAAACUGAAUUAAAAAAAAAACCUCUCAAAGAUAAUCUUCCUGUAGCUGUGAUGGAUUUAUUAGACAGCCCCGGUUGCUACUAAUCUUUUGUUUGAGAUAACUUCCCUCAUUUUCUCUAGAAAACAAAUUGUGCUUAGUAGACUUUUAAAAAAAAUCAUAAUUUUAUCAAGGUACCAUACUUACUUGCUUUUUCUGGAAUUUUCAGACAUAUUUCAUGGUUUUUAACCCUCACAUACUGUUCAUAUUCUACAUCCUCUCAGUAUGUUCUGGAUCCAUUUUGACCCUGUCUAAGAAUCUCUUCAUAAAAAGUGUUUAUACCAAAUGUUGAACCACAGAUCAAACAGGUCAAAAUCUAAAAUAUUUUCAUUUUUUUGCAUUUUGGGCCACUUUAGAAAAAGUCAUCAAAUUUCAGAGUAAAAACAUUUGGAGUGUUUUUACAGCUGGACAGUAUGUAAGGGUUAAUAAAAGAUGGAGUUUCAUCUAAUUUUCACAUUUAAUCUCAUUCAAAUGUUGCUUGUGCAAAUAUUUAUCAGCAUUGGAGAUCUCAUAGCCACAAGGAGGAGUGACUCAUUUACACUACGUAUAAAGUAUGGAAGCUUAGAGCAGGGUUACCAGUAGAAGCCCACGACACGUUCACUGUCUCCUUUGUUUCAAUUCAGUUCACCAACUUUUGUCAUUCCAGGCAGGAUAAUUGAAGAAGUGCAGAUAUAUUUGAUGAUAUGCAGCCCUGAAAAGACUGAAAGCUCUAGACUGAAGAUCCUCAGUCAGUCUCUGCAGUCCAUCCUUUAUACAUGAGCCUAAUCCUACUUUCCAGUGCGAUGAUAGCAAAUGUUCUGCCUCUCAGUGUGUUUAA